GCUCUUUGGGGCAAAGCUCGUGGCGAAGACCAUAGCCAGAGCAAGAAUGGGGCGUCCUGCUAUUUCUGCUGUGGCAGCAGCUGCGGCUCCUUCUCCUAAGAGGCUCAGCCCCGGCACUGCGUGAGACUCCCGCAGACCCAGUCAGUCUGCAAAAGCCCAGCCCCAGACUGGUGUCUCACUCUCUCCAUCUCUUUAGCCACCAGAGUAAGGAAGGGCGCCGCGGGAGAGGACAUCCGGCCGCAUCCUUCGCCCUGUGGCAGGUAGCCUGGAAUGAGCCGCUGCUGACAUGUGCAGGAUGUCUUUCAAGAAGGAAACACCACUUGCAAAUGCUGCAUUCUGGGCAGCAAGAAAAGGAAACCUGGCUCUUCUGAAACUCUUGUUAAACAGUGGUCGGGUGGAUGUGGACUGCAGAGACAGUCAUGGCACCACUCUCCUCAUGGUUGCUUCCUACGCCGGCCACAUAGACUGUGUGAAGGAACUGGUUCUCCAAGGUGCAGAUAUCAACCUUCAGAGGGAGUCAGGCACAACGGCUCUAUUCUUUGCUGCACAACAAGGUCACAAUGAUGUGGUGAGAUUUCUCUUUGAAUUUGGAGCUUCUACUGAAUUUAGAACUAAAGACGGCGGCACCGCAUUGUUGGCAGCUAGUCAGUAUGGCCACAUGAGAGUGGUAGAGACCUUACUGAAGUAUGGCGCCAACAUUCAUGACCAACUUUAUGAUGGAGCCACUGCACUCUUCCUCGCAGCCCAAGGGGGUUACUUGGAUGUGAUUCGAUUGUUGUUAUCUUCAGGGGCAAAAGUCAACCAACCAAGGCAGGAUGGUACAGCUCCAUUGUGGAUAGCAUCUCAGAUGGGACACAGUGAAGUAGUGAGAGUAAUGUUGCUUCGGGGGGCAGAGCGAGAUGCUACAAGGAACGAUGGUACAACAGCACUAUUGAAAGCUGCCAAUAAAGGGUACAAUGAUGUCAUAGAGGAACUGCUUAAGUUCUCCCCUACCCUUGGCCUUUUAAAGAAUGGAACAUCAGCUCUCCAUGCUGCAGUGCUCAGUGGUAACAUCAGAGCAGUUGCCUUACUUCUGGAAGCUGGAGCAGACCCUGCCCUGAGAAAUAAGGCAAAUGAGCUACCAGCAGAAUUAACCAAAAAUGAACGCAUUUUACGUCUCCUCCGGAGUAAGGAAACACACAGGAAGAGCUAAUUCAACUCUUGCUUCUCGGUGGCUAAGCCCUGUCCACAUUAGUAAGAAAGUAAAUUUGUUCUGCAAAUAGUUUUGGACUUUGGUUCUCGAAAGCAUUUUGUUUAACUGGCUCAAAAUGUCAACAGUGCUGCCCUAGGUUUGAAGUGUGGCGCAGCCCCCAGAAUCCUUCACUCUCAGUUACAACAGGGUUUUCAUACAGGUCUGUUAACUAGACUCCACUGUGGGUUAGCACCUUCACGAAGCAGAAAGAAACCCCCUUAUGUCACUCAGUUAACAAAGUCUAAGAUGGACAGGGCCUCCAGCCCUAAUCAAGGCAGUACAGCGUUCUGGCCCCUCUAAAGGGCUGUAAGUCUGACAGUUAGCUAACCUAUUGCACUUUGGAUUUUGGGUCACAUGUAGCUCUUAUAUGCUUAUAUUCAUCUAAGGAAUAUCUUUUACUUCAUUGCAAUAUGUUUUCUUCCACUUAAGGAUUACAGCCAUACUGAUUAAGAACCAGGUGAAUAGCAAACACAAACACACCCUUGUUAAAGAGCAUGCACCAUGUGUGUCAGGAUGAGGUGUUGGAUUCUAAAGAGCAAUCCAUGUUUUGUGAAUUGGUCCUCUCCUGAGUCCUUCCAUUAAAAUGAUGUCUUUGAUUAAGAUACGGGACAAGACAAAAAUGAAUAUUUCAGAAGGAGACAGUAUAGAAUAGUGGAAAGAUUAGAUUUGGAGUCAGAGAAACUGGAUUCAAAUCCUGAUUCCAAUGCUAUUUACUUAUGUAAACUUAGACAGGUAACAGUCUCUCUGGGCCUCAUUUCCUCAUCUGUAAAAUGAGGGAGUUGGGACUGGAUGAACUCUAAGGUCCCCAAAGCCCCUUCCAGCUCUAAAUCUAUCAUCCUGUGAAAAGCUGCUUUAACUCUAAUUCAGGGAAAUGGCAAAAUAUCCAAAAUUUGGCUUGUCAUCUUGAACUUUCAUUUGAGCUCUUCCCCUUUAGAAAAUCUUUCCCAGGCCGGAGGGGGACUUUCUGUGUCUCCUAAGGAAUCACUUUGGUUUAUGCAAUAGACUUUGAGGUCCUAGAAUAAAAUAAAAUAGAAAAGUAAGAUGCAUUGUUACUACUUCAGCUAUGUAAGUAAAUGCCUCAAUGUUAUUUAUUUAGUAAGCGUCUACCCAUGCAUGGGACAUGCUAAUUCAUUCCUUGGAAGGGAUGGAGUUUGUGUUGUUUUAUUUUAAAAUCAUUCCUUUGGGGGGGGGAUAUCAAGAUUUAUAUGAAAUGCACUCAAUUCUCAACGGUGUCUAAUAGCCUCAGAGUCAGUGCCUAAUUACACACACAAAAACCAGGUUUUCCAUCAUUUGAACAUAGGAAAUAUUGAGGAUCUUUUUGUAGUUUAAAGAUGUCUUUAGCUUUCUUGUUAGCAUCAUGCUUUGGUUCCCAGCUCAUAGACCUGUAUGAAGGAAACAGUGAUUUAUCUAUUUGCAUUCAUGCUAAGAAGCACAACUUCUAAGGAAGCAGGUGAUGCGUUUCCAUUUUUAAAGUUAGAAAUUGACCCUUAAAAUGUGUAUUGAUUAGGACAAACAACAAGUUGUCUUUCUUAGCACCAAAAGCAAAACCAGUUUUUCAGCAGAACCCUAUCAGUAAGGAGCAAAAUGAUGUCUCAGAGCACUGCCCUGGAAGAUCCAGGUUCCAGUCUUUUCUCUGUCGCUGACUAGCUGUGAGACUCUGAGCAAAUUACAUAGCCCAUCUGUGCCUCAGUUUCCCCAACUAUAAAAUGGCAAGGAUGUAUUAGAUGAUCUCUUGGUGCUUUCCAGCUUAAAAUUCUAUGAUCUUAAUGUCCUGUGGAAACCAAAAGAGUCUCACAAGAGGUAUAAAUCCUGAUUAGGAAGGUCCAAAAGAUAAAGGAAAAAAGACUCACAAAACUCACUCUAUUCAUUCAGAUAAGCUAUCAUUAGAGUGUUUGAUUAUUCUAAAGUGGAUAGAGUGCCAGGCCUGGAAUCAGGAAGCUUCUUUUUUUUUUCCUGAGUUCAUACCUGACCUCAGACACUAGCUGUGAGACCUUAAGCAAGUUACUUAACCUUGUUCGCCUCAGUUUCCUCAUCUAUAAAAAGAGUUGGAAAAGGAAAUAUAAACCACUAAGGAUCCUUGCCAAGAAAGUCUCAAAUGGGGUCAUGAAGAGUUGGACAGGAUUGAUAAUACUCUGGAAUGGGCUUUUAAGUCUUAAAAAGGGAACAUUGUAACUGUCAAUAAUGAUGUAACUGGAAUCUCUCUCAGCUAAGGUCUGAAAGGUUACUAUGUUUAGCUUAGAGGGAUUUCUAUUUCAUAUUGACUGUACCAGGCAAAAUGCUCACAUGAAUCACCUUCCCAAAGCCUUUUCUUGAAGGUUGAAGGCUAUUAUUAGUCCAGAAAUAGGUAGAAAACUCAAAAUUUAUGUAAUAAUUUAUUUAACAAUUAAAUUAGCUCUUUGUCUUGAAAAUUCAUAAAAAUAAGUUCUUUACAAUUUCUUUUUGAUUCACAUAGAAUUAAUCUUAAAAAAAUAUACACACAUAUAUGUACAUAUACAUAUAUAUCUUAUAAUCCUUUUUCCAUGUUACAGUUAAAAUUAAAAGAAAUAUAUUCUGUAAUUCAUAUUCAUGUUUUUAAAGAUUAGAAACUUUUUGUUUGAGCAGCAUACAAUUUGUAUGGAUGAUCUCACUCUGGUGUUAAAUACAUAAAUUAUUUUAGGAAUUAAUAGAUCACAAAAAGUCACCUAGGUGGCAAAAUGGAUAAAGCCCUGAGCUUGAAAUCAUAAAAAAAUGAAAUAAAAUAAAUUUAAAUAAAAAACACUUGAGCUUGAAUACUGUGCUAGUUGUGUGAAACUCUAGGCAAAUAUCUGAGCCUCAGUUUCCUCAUUUCCUCAUCUGUAAAUCGGGUAUAAAAAUAACACCUACCUCACAGGGUUGUUGUGAGGAUCCAAUGAGAAAACAUGUAUAAAGUGCUUUGUAAUCGUUAAAGACAUGUAUAAGUAUUGAUUAUUAUCAUAUCACUUAUACUUGAAUGUGCCUGCUAAUUCAUUACUUCUAUUGUACUUAACCUAUUUCCUCCUAAGCAGUUUUGAAUUCAAGCUUAUCAUUAUCUUACCCUUCAGCAGGCUCACUGUCUCCUUGAAAUGAGAUGCUCAAACACUGGAGGGGGGGGGGGGAACAAGAGGGGAAAAGGAAGGAAGGAAGGAAGGAAGGAAGGAAGGAAGGAAGGAAGGAAGGAAGGAAGGAAGGAAGGAAGGAAGGAAGGAAGGAAGGAAGGAAGGAAGGAAGGAAGGAAAGAGAAGGAAAAAGAAGAAAGAAAAAAGAGAAAAAAGAAAGAAGGACAUCAGAAACAAAAACUGCUGACUGCCUUUUUUAUUUUGUUUGGUCUUUUCAGUAGCUCUCCAUUGUGAAAUAAACUGGUGCUUUGCCAGAA